AUGAAGCAAACAGAAUGGUUCCUAAAAAAAUAUCCGAAUCAGUACAAAGCAGAAAACACGAGAACACCGAUCAUAAGCUUUUGUUGCGGUGUGGGUAUUCUAUCAGUAGUUUUUGUUCUUUACAAUCGAUACUGUCUGGAUGCGAGAAAACUACCAGAUGGUGAGGCGGUGGAUUGGAGAUGGAUGUUGUAUUUGAAAAAAUACGUUCCACCACUUCGAAACUUUGGCAUACCGUAUCGAGAAUAUAAGCCUGAUGAUUUCUAA